CGACACCCGGCACUCGCCCAACGGACCGAGCUCCCUCCGGAGAAGGAAGCGGCGUGUUGGGGCACCAUGGCGUUCUCCCAGGUGCAGUGCCUGGACGACAGCCACGUCAACUGGAGGUCCAGCGAGUCCAAGCCUGAGUUCUUCUACAGCGAGGAGCAGCGCCUGGCCCUGGAGGCGCUGGCCUCCCGCGGCCCCGACGCCUUCUACGAGGUCCUGAAGAAGGAGAACAUCAGGGACUUCCUCUCCGAGCUGGAGCUAAAGAAGAUCCUGGACACGCUCGAGACGUACGACCCCGGCUCCGAGUACAUCCCGCGCCACGGCAGCAGCACCGGGGAGAGCGAGGGCGACGGCGACAGCCAAGGGGACGAGCAGGGGGUGGCCCCGUCCCUGGAGUACUGGCCGCAGAGGUCCGACCGCUCCAUCCCCCAGCUGGACCUCGGCUGGCCCGAGACCAUCGCCUACCGCGGGGUGACCCGCGCCACCGUCUACAUGCAGCCGCCCAUCGAGGGGCAGGCGCACAUCAAGGAGGUGGUGCGCAAGAUGAUCUGCCAGGCUCAGAAGGUGAGGUGCGCCCGGGGACUGAGCUGGGAUUUGCCCCAGGCUGUCCUGCUGAGCCCGGAUCCUCAGGUCCUGCUCAGCCAGGCGGUCCCGUCCUCUGCCCGAGUCAAGGCAUCGGGGUCAGUCGUUUGGGUUUUUUCCACGUUCGUUCAGAAUAACUGAUAUUUAGAUAUCAGGUUUCACUGAAGACGAUGCUGUUGGCCUGGUCUGACGCUCCCCAGGAGCAAAACAACUCUUUCCAUAGCCGCUGCGGCAGCUUUGCUCAUCCCAGGGUCCCCAUGGGGCGAACCGCAGGGCAGUAAAAAUGGUUGAGGUGGUUCCUAGCUCCGAGCCCACACUCCUGGCCACCCCGUGAUCCUUAUUCCCAGAGCACGGUGCCAAUGCAGGCGGCAACACGCAGGAUCUGGAGGAGCUGAGCUCAGCCCUGGGGCAAAGCAGCGACAGGCACCGGUCUCGCAGCAGCACGCAUGUGAAGGUUGAGGCUGGCUGGCGAGUGCCACGUUGCUCUGUUGGCCUCAUCCUGGCUUUAAGAGAAAAGCUGGCGUGCAGGACAAGCCCUGGGAGAUGCCAAGGGGAAGCAAAGCCCCUCUUCGGGCUGGGCUUUCGGUUGAGACCUGUCCUGCCCGUGGCAGCAAACCAAGGAGCAGAGAUUUGGGGCAGAUGAGCAAUGGGGUCAGGCUGGUGUCAUGGGCAGGAGAACAGGGGAAGGAGGUGGUGGUGUGCCUUGAAGGCCAGAGGUGCUGGUCAGAGGCUCCUGGUGCCCCCCAGUGCCCCGGUCCUAGCUGGGAAGCGCAAGAGGGGCCGGUACCUGCUGGUCUCGUGGUGCUGGUGGUUGAAGCCCUUUGAGCUC